AUGGUUGUGCCAGACGAUGGAAUGGUGGUGGACGUUAAACAAAACGAUUCGUCCAAGCCUUCGACCUUGGACCGCCCUAAUGUCAAUAGCGUUGGUGACAGCGAUAGUGUUUCCCUAGAAAAACAAUACCAACCUACUCAGACUAUAACCGACGAUGAAUAUCCGCACGGAGUGAAACUGGUAAUACUGGCAGGGGCUUCUCUCAUCGCCGUUUUUCUGAUUGCAUUGGACCAAACCAUCAUCGGCACGGCAAUCCCUAAAAUUACGGACGAGUUCCACAGUCUGGAUGACAUAUCUUGGUAUGCCGCAGCAUACUUCAUGACCUUCGGCGCUGCCCAACCCUCCGCCGGCAAGAUGUACAAGUACUUCAACCUCAAGUGGAGCUUUCUGGGGUCCAUGUUUCUCUUUGAGGUCGGUAGUUUGAUCUGUGGAGUUGCGCCUAAUUCCAAGGCUUUGAUUAUUGGGCGGGCUAUUGCUGGCUUGGGCGGUGCAGGGUUGUCGGUGGGUGGGACAAGUAUCGUCUCCUUCACCGUCCCGCCAGUAAAACGACCAAUGAUGAUGGGCAUCAUUGGGAUGACAUACGCUGUUGCUGCCGUUCUUGGGCCGCUUCUUGGGGGCGCAUUUACAGACAGUGUCACUUGGCGAUGGUGUUUUUAUAUCAAUCUGCCGAUUGGAGGAAUUGCCGCUGUGGCCCUCUUCAUCUUCUUCCACCUUCCGACUUCUGCGGUGACUCCACAGAUCUCCUGGGCGAAGAAGCUGUUACAUCUAGAUCCGGUGGGAUUCGCUCUAGCGAUGGGGGGCAUCACCUGCUUUGCCCUCGCGCUUCAGUACGGAGGAAAUACCCAUCCCUGGAAGAGCGGCAUGGUCAUCGGUCUCCUCAUUGGGUUUGGACUACUCGCUCUCGCCCUGGUAGGAUGGGAGCUCUGGCUGGGUGAUUAUGCCAUGAUGCCGCGGAGACUCUGGAAGCAGCGCUCUCUUUCGACCACCGCGCCUUAUCAAUUCUUCUUUAUGGGGAGCUAUGUUGUACUCUUGUACUACCUUCCCAUCUACUUUCAGAGCAUUCUUGGUACUAGUCCUAUAAAAUCUGGCGUUAACAACCUUCCCCUCGUAGUUGCGGCGGCUGUGUUCGCACUCGCCGGCGGAGCUGUCGUUAUGGCUACAGGUCGUCCGCAACAGGUCAUGUUCGUCGGCUCGAUGCUUUCCACCGCUGCAAUUGGCCUGAUCUAUACUCUUGAUAUUGGUACCUCGACUGGGAAGUGGGUUGGCUAUCAAGUCUUUACCGGGGCCGCGAUGGCCUUCGCUAUAAUGCAUGGCUUGAGUAUUGCCCAAGCCAACGCAGGCAUUGAAGACCUAACAGCUGUCACCGCCAACCUUCUGUUCUUCCAGACAAUUGGAGGUGCAUUCAGCACCUCAGCAGGACAGUCAGCCUUCGUCAAUCGAAUGCUUGCCACUCUUCCCAGGACAGCUCCAGAAGUGAACCCAGGGCUGGUGCUUCUGACAGGCGCCUCAGAGCUGCAUAAUGUGUUCCCGCCGGAUAUGCUUCCUGGAGUGCUAGAGGCAUAUAUGGUCGGUAUCAAGGCGGCCUUUGCAGUCGCACUCGCUUUUUCUGGUGUUGCAUUCAUAUGUACUUUAGCUAUUCCAAUGAAAAGGCUUCCAAGUCAUGCAUCAGGUGAUGCUGCUAUGGUCAUGGGCUAA